AUGCGCUUCCCUCACACCCAGGUAGCAGCAACCCUCUGCCACGGCUUCCACGCCGCAGCCCGGUCUACCGCCUCACGCCCUCUCUCCUGCAGUCAGCGUUCCCUCCUCCACCAGACCUCGGCCGCCUUCCGACCUCGCCAGCGCUUCUUCUUCACCUCAAAUCUGCGGCUCUCCAAGGAUGGCAGCGGAGGGAGCAGCAGGAGGAAGACGGCUAGACCAGCUGGUGCUGGAGGCAGUGGCAGCAGCAGCCAUGGCAGCAAUAGCAGUGGCGCCACCAAGAGAAAGCUCCGCGACCCACUCCGCCGCGUGGCCUCGCUUGCCCAGCGGUCCAGCGGCAAGCCCCCCAAGGCCACGCGCGGCGGACAGGGCGAACCGGGCAAGGACUAUAGCACCACCAUCUGCGCCAUCUGCGUCGCUGAGUCCUUCGACAUGAAGGCCGUCGUGCGCUCCCUCCAGGACCAGCACUACCUGAUCGACCCAGACGGCCUGGACUUUGACGACGAGGAGGUUGUCCACGCCGGCGUGCGCGGCGGGCCUGGCGACUUCUUCAUCUUCGAGACCGGCACUGUCGUCACCUGGAGCCUGCCGCCCGAGAAGGGCAUCGAGCUCGCCACAGGCUUCCUCGCGUCUGCCCACCAGAACUCGUACUUGACGCAGAUGGACCGGGAUGACAUGACGGAAAAGCUCGAGUUCGAAAUGGACCCGGCCACGUCGUGGAGCCUGAUGCGUGGCGACAUGGUCGUGCUGGGCACCCGGCGCGAUGAGGGGGCUGCCGCCGACUUCGACCCGACCGAUAUCGGGCGCGCCAAGAUCGCCUUCUCGUCCGGCCUGGCCCGGAGCACCAAGGUCGCCGUCCUCGAGACCCUCCUCAGCGCCUACCUCGAGCGGACCGAGGAGCUGCCCGCCCAGCUCGAGAGCGGCCGGCUGCGCGUGCGCAUGCCCGAGAUCCUCCAGCGCACGGGCGAGCUGCUGCGCCUGCGAUCCCAGCUCAACUUCUUCUCGGAGCUGACCGACUCCCUGCCCGACAAAUUCUGGGACCAGCGCGCCGAGCUCAAGCUCGACAGCAUCUACGACCAGGUCGGCAAGGCCCUCGAUGUCCCCUCGCGCAUCCGCGUCCUCAACCAGCGCAUGGACUAUGCCGACUCCAUGCUCGAGACCUUUCGUGAGAUGCUACACUCCACUCACAGCGCCCGCCUCGAGUGGAUCAUCAUCGUGCUCAUCGCCAUCGAGAUCGGCUUCGAGCUGUAUCAUAUGUGGAGGGAGUACGUGACCGGCGGCGGAUCUGCACAAGUAAAAGAAAAAGGGGAGGAAGAAAUAAAAGCCAAGCAGGCCACGUUGGUGUGA